GAGUCGGCUCGGUCCGCGCCCAGCCGCGUUCUCGCGGCCGGGUUGCAGGGCUGGGCGCGCGCCCCGCGUCCGGGGCAGGAAGAUGGUGGCGAGCGCGCGGGUGCAGAAGCUGGUGCGGCGCUACAAGCUGGCGAUCGCCACGGCGCUGGCCAUCCUGCUGCUGCAGGGCCUGGUGGUGUGGAGCUUCAGCGGCCUGGAGGAGGACGAGCCGGGCGAGAAAGGAAGGCAGAGGAAGCCACGGCCGCUGGACCCUGGCGAGGGCUCCAAGGACACAGACAGUUCAGCCGGGCGCCGGGGCAGCGCGGGCAGAAGGCAUGGGCGCUGGCGGGGUCGUCCCGAGAGCCCCGGCGUGCCCGUGGCCAAGGUGGUACGGGCGGUCACCAGCCGGCACAGAGCUAGCCGCCGUGUCCCGCCGGCCCCACCCCCAGAGGCCCCAGGCCGCCAGAACCUGAGCGGGGCAGCAGCUGGGGAGGCGCUGGUUGGGGCGGCCGGCUUCCCACCGCAUGGAGACACAGGGAGCGUGGAGGGCGCCCCCCAGCCAACGGACAACGGCUUCACCCCCAAGUGUGAGAUCGUGGGCAAGGACGCGCUGUCUGCUCUCGCCCGGGCCAGCUCCAAGCAGUGCCAGCAGGAGAUUGCCAAUGUGGUGUGCCUGCACCAGGCCGGGAACCUCAUGCCCAAGGCUGUGCCCCGCCACUGCCAGCUGGCUGGGAAGAUGAGCCCCGGCAUCCAGUGGGACGAGGUCCGGGCCCAGCAGCCCGCGGAUGGCCCCCCGGUCCGAAUUGCCUACAUGCUGGUGGUUCACGGCCGUGCCAUCCGUCAGCUGAAGCGCCUUCUCAAGGCCGUCUACCACGCGCAGCACUUCUUCUAUAUCCACGUAGACAAGCGCUCCAACUACCUGCACCGUGAGGUCGUGGAGUUGGCCCGGCAGUAUGACAACGUUCGGGUGACGCCCUGGCGCAUGGUCACCAUCUGGGGCGGGGCCAGCCUGCUGCGGAUGUACCUGCGGAGCAUGCGGGACCUGCUAGAGGUGCCCGGCUGGGCCUGGGACUUCUUCAUCAACCUCAGUGCCACCGACUACCCGACCAGGACCAACGAGGAGCUGGUGACUUUCCUGUCCAAGAACCGGGACAAGAACUUCCUCAAGUCACAUGGCCGGGACAACUCCAGGUUCAUCAAGAAACAGGGCCUAGACCGGCUCUUUCACGAGUGCGACUCACACAUGUGGCGGCUGGGCGAGCGGCAGAUCCCGGCGGGCAUCGUGGUGGACGGCGGCUCGGACUGGUUCGUGCUGACACGCAGCUUCGUGGAGUACGUAGUGUACACGGACGACCCGCUGGUGGCCCAGCUGCGCCAGUUCUACACGUACACGCUGCUCCCCGCCGAGUCCUUCUUCCACACGGUGCUGGAGAACAGCCCGGCCUGCGAGAGCCUAGUGGACAACAACCUGCGGGUCACCAACUGGAACCGCAGGCUGGGCUGCAAGUGCCAGUACAAGCACAUCGUGGACUGGUGCGGCUGCUCGCCCAAUGACUUCAAGCCGCAGGACUUCCUCCGGCUGCAGCAAGUCUCCAGACCCACCUUCUUCGCCCGGAAGUUCGAGUCGACCGUGAACCAGGAGGUCCUGGAGAUCCUGGAUUUCCACCUCUAUGGCAGCUACCCACCGGGUACACCAGCUCUCAAGGCGUACUGGGAGAACACCUACGAUGUGGCCGAUGGCCCCAGUGGGCUCAGUGACGUCAUGCUCACCGCCUACACCGCCUUCGCCCGCCUCAGCCUGCGCCACGCUGCCACCGCGACACCCCUGAUGGCCUCCCCACUCUGCAGGUUUGAGCCCCGGGGCUUGCCGUCCAGCGUGCACCUGUAUUUCUAUGACGACCAUUUCCAGGGCUACCUGGUGACGCAGGCGGUGCAGCCCUCAGCCCAGGGGCCGGCAGAGACGCUUGAGAUGUGGCUGAUGCCCCAGGGGUCGCUGAAGCUGUUGGGGCGCAGUGGCCAGGCCAGCCGGCUCCAGAGUCUGGAGGUCGGCACUGAGUGGGACCCCAAAGAGCGUCUUUUCCGGAACUUUGGGGGGUUGCUGGGGCCACUGGACGAGCCUGUGGCUGUGCAGCGCUGGGCCCGGGGCACCAACCUCACAGCCACCGUGGUGUGGAUCGACCCCACCUACGUGGUGGCCACGUCGUAUGACGUCACGGUAGACGCGGACACCGAGGUCACGCAGUACAAGCCCCCGCUGAGCCGGCCCCUGCGGCCAGGGGCCUGGACUGUUCGGCUCCUUCAAUUCUGGGAACCCCUGGGUGAGACCCGCUUCCUCGUGCUGCCCUUGACCUUCAACCGCAAACUACCUCUCAGGAAAGAUGACGCAAGCUGGCUACAUGCUGGGCCACCCCACAAUGAGUACAUGGAGCAGAGUUUCCAGGGCCUCAGUGGUAUCCUGAACCUGCCCCAGCCGGAACCUGCAGAGGAGGCCGCCCGGCGGCAUGCAGAGCUCACGGGCCCGGCCCUGGAGGCCUGGACAGAUGGGGAGCUGAGUGGCUUCUGGUCUGUGGCCGGACUGUGCGCCAUGGGCCCCUCCGCCUGCCCCGGCCUGGAGCUUUGCAGACUGACCAGCUGGAGCUCUGUGUCCCCCGACCCCAAAUCAGAGCUGGGACCCGUCAAAGCAGACGGGCGACUCAGGUAGCAGGGCCCUGGCCUCCGGAUGAACCAGGGAUUGCACCUUACAGACAGCGGAGGGGUGUCCCCUCCCCACAGGCAAGAGCCAGAGGCCCAGGCAGGCUACCCCUUUGAGCCAUCAAGGAUGGGCGCAGACGGCAGGGAAGGGGGCAUGCUCCUUACUGCUCACGGUUCUGCCGGGAACCCCAGCGGAGGGCAGGAGUGUGGGGAGAAGGGCUCCAGCUUCCACGCCCUGCUCUUCCUCGCUUUCCCUUCUAGGUUUCUUAUUAUUUGGGUUUUUUUGUUUGUUUGUUUGUUUCUAAUGGGUGGUAGGGGGAGGAACUGGAAAUGAAAGCUGUGCAAUAGGGCUCAGAGCAGCCCCAGGAAGUGGGCCAUGGCUCUGGGGAGCAGGGGCCUGACGAGCCCAUCUGCUGUUGCUCUGGAGGAGGCCGGGCCUGCCUCACUCUCCGGGACCUCAUUCCCCCAGCCUGGGCCUAUGGUGCUCAUGGCUGAGGCUCUACGGGGGUACAAGUGCCACGCCAGGCUCUGAGGCCCGGAGACCAGGUGAUUUGGGGGAGCGCUGCAGAGCUGGACUCUAGUGGGACAGCCUCUCUUCUUGUAGCCAGGGGACCAUAGAAGAAGGGGUGGGGCUGGCUCUCAGGCUUUCCAGCAUGUCUGGCCCCUCGAGGGGCAAGGCAGGGCAUCAGGGCCUGCUGAGACCAAUGCAGAGUUUCCCAGGUACCCAGAACUGCAAGCCAGACCUGGGCUCCCACGCUGCAGGGGUGAGCCCUCGGGAGCAGUGUGGGAAGAAAACUCUGUCGGGGCUCUCCGAAGAGUCUAGAGAAGCAUUGUGCCUGAAAGCUCCACGUGUAGUCUGAAAUAUGCAACAGAAGAAAUAUAUCUCUAUCUCUCUAA